GGACAGCAAUCAGAAACAAGAAGUAAACCCCACUCAUUGCCAGAGAAUCUUUGGAGCCACCCCCUAAAUUUUUCCUCCUUAAGCGGGUCUACCCUUUUAAGGAGGGAAAACUUUACCAUUCCAUUUAUUUUCUUCGAUUUCUGCGAAAAAAUUAUUAGUUUAACAAUCCCUUUUCACAGUUCCCACCCUCUCGACAAAAAAAUACGUUCUUUGUUCCUAUUUCAUCCAUCCCCUUCAUUCAAUAAAACCCUACUGCUAGUUAGUUUACACUUUCGAUUUCAGCCCACCAUUUUUUUAGCCGUUAAAAAUAAAUGUUGCAUUAAAGAAGGAAAAAAAAUCUGUCAGAUCUGCCAUUUAUUGAACAAAUUCCACUCGGUUAAUUUUCACACGGUUUUUCUUGUCAGUAUACAACUUGGGAUUGGUUUGUAUUAUAGUAUUUUGGUGUUGUUUUGCAGUUAAAUGAUGUCAUUAGAAAUGCACGGCGGCGGAGGUGGAGGAAUGGCGGGUGGUGGUGGUGGGAUUGAUCCAAGCAAUCUGCAUUUGAAGAAAGAAUUGACCCAAAUUCGGAAGGCAGCUCGGGUGUUAAGAGAUCCUGGCACCACCUCCUCAUGGCGGUCCCCGCUUGGUUCUGUGAGAUCCCUUCAGAACUCUGCCAAGCAUCACUAUGCGCACCACCACAAGAAUGGCCGCCGUGAAUCAAUUGAUGGUAAUGCAAUUGCUUCAUCCUCUGAACAGUUUUCGCAACUCCAGUUGCAAAUAGAAAAUAAUAAUACUAGUUAUGGUCACAGUGCUAAUAAUAAUGACAAUGUGAAUGGGAAAGAGAAAGAAAGGAGGGUGUUUUUGUGUAAUUGGAGAAGUCAAAAAUCUGAGAGCGAAAGGAGUAGGCAGAUUGCGGAGGAUGAUGUUGAGAAUGGUAAGGAUGAAGGGUCAUCUUGGACCCGGGGAGAAAGUGUGGAUAUGGAUAGCUUGAGCGAUGCACAGAAUGGUGGUGGGGCAAAUGAUUCGAAAAGUGAUACUCAUUUGAGUGAUAGAUAUGCUUCGGCUAGUUUUAAGUGUAAAGAUACGAAUUUUACACCAUCUCUCAAGCACACAAUUAAGAAAAAGUCAAAGAGGAGGAAUAAUUCUAACGCCAUUUUGAAGCAUCAUAAUGAAAAAUUGAAAAAACAGAUUUUAAUGAGUAGAGGCACAAAAAAGGCAUUGGAGGAUUUGACCGGUUUGGGUUUAGGGAGGGAUGAAUUGUUAAGUUUAGUUGAUCAGUCUGAUGAUACUGAGGAUUAUUGUAAUUCUGAGGAUUUAAAAAGGGUGUCUGCGAUCUCACCAUUGCUUGCAGGGCUUAAGAGUAAGGGUUGGGUUUAUUCACCAAAGAAGUUUUUGAGGAGUCACCGGAAAGAGGAUGAUUCUAUUUCGUACAGUACGCCGGCAUUGUCAACCUGUUCUUAUAAUAAAUAUGGCAUCAGGAAUCCAAGCACUGUUGAGUCUUGGGAUGCCACCACAGCAUCUUUCAAUGAUGCAGAUGAUGAGGCAAUUGAGUUGGAUAUGCCGGGGCGACAGGGAUGUGGGAUUCCUUGUUAUUGGUCAAAAAGGUCAACACCAAAAUCUAGGGGUGGAUAUGGGAACUGCUAUUCACCAUCUCUUUCCGACACUUUGAGGAGGAAAGGAAGCAGUAUUUUCUGUGGAAGUCAAACUAUGUACCGAAGAAGGUAUCGCCAUUCAUCUUUGGGAUCGAACAAACGGAGACUUAGUUCAAAAGGUGCCUCUCAAGGUAUUGUUCCUUUGCUUACCAACAGCGGUGACGGCCAAGGAGGAUCAUCUAUGGGAAGUGGGAACAGUGAUGACGAGCUUUCUACAAACUUUGGAGAGCUUGACUUGGAGGCCUUGAGUCGGUUGGAUGGAAGGAGGUGGUCUUCAAGCUGUAGGAGUCAAGAAGGGUUAGAGCUAGUAGCUCUGAAUGGAAAAGUAAAUGAUGAAAGUUCUCCAGAAAAUAUGAGAAGCUUAAGCCAGAAAUACAGGCCAAUGUUUUUUGAGGAAUUGAUUGGGCAGAAUAUAGUCAUUCAAUCUCUCAAGAGCGCAAUUUCAAGGGGAAGGAUUUCCCCCGUUUAUCUUUUCCAAGGUCCCCGUGGGACUGGAAAAACUUCAACUGCAAGAAUAUUUGCUGCUGCUUUGAAUUGUCUUGCCACCGAAGAGACCAAGCCCUGUGGGGUAUGCAGUGAGUGUGCCGAUUUCAUAUCUGGCAAGAGUGGGUUUUUUAGAGAAGUUGAUGGAUCCAAUAAGAAGGGAAUUGAUGAAGUUAAAAUGCUUUUGAGGAACCUCUCAGUGGUUCCCCCAUCUGCUGUUUCACAGUACAAGAUUUUUGUUGUUGAUGAAUGUCAUUUAUUACCUUCAAAAGCGUGGCUGGCAUUUCUCAGAUUUCUUGAGAAACCACUGCCACGUGUCAUUUUCAUACUCAUAACAGCUGAUAUUGACAAUGUGCCUCGUACUAUAUUGUCCCGGUGUCAGAAGCACCUGUUCAACAAAAUCAGAGACGGUGACAUUGUUACCCGGCUUAGAAAAAUUGCAGCUGAUGAGAACUUAAUAGUUGAAUCAGAUGCACUAGAUUUGAUUGCUUCUAAUGCUUAUGGUUCACUGCGAGAUGCAGAAACCAUGUUAGACCAAUUGAGUUUGUUAGGGAAAAGUAUCACCACUUCCUUGGUGAAUGAGCUGAUCGGUGUAGUUUCUGAUGAAAAAUUGCUGGACCUUUUGGAGUUGGCCAUGUCAUCAAACACUAAAGAAACAGUGAAAAGAGCCAGAGAGUUGAUGGAUUCAGGGGUUGAUCCAAUUGUUUUAAUGUCCCAAAUGGCGACCCUUAUUGUAGAUAUUAUUGCUGGAACUUACCCCAACAUUGAUGCCAAGAACAAUGAUUCUUUCUUUGGAGGGAGAAGUUUAUCUGAAAAAGAGUUAGAUAGAUUGAAACAUGCACUUACACUUCUUUCUGAGGCGGAAAAACAUCUGAGAGUUUCAAGCGAAAGAUCAACAUGGUUUACGGCAACCCUCUUACAGUUGGGCUCUGUUCCUUCACCUGAUCCUACUCACUCAGGAAGUAGUCGAAGACAGAGUUCCAGGACAACUGAUGACUAUCCAAUUUCAUUUAGAGAAACUACUGCGCAGAACUGUAGAUUGGAUUCUCAGUUGGCACAUAAAAAAUCGGGGUCUCCCACAUCGUUUCUAAAAGCUGCUCGGUCAGAUUUAAUGAGCAAAGAGGAUCUACUUCUGCUGACUGAUGCUGCCCAUUUCAAUUCCAAUCCCAAUCCCAGUCAAAGCUCAUUAAUCAAUGAGGAAUCAUUGAAACCUACAUCAAGAUGCGUGGACUCGAACGUUAUCACUGAUAUCUGGGUGCAGUGCAUUGAGAAGUGCCAUUCCAAGACUCUAAGACAACUGCUUCACUCAUACGGACAGCUCAUGUCAAUAUCUGAAGUCAAGGGUGGUUUUGUUGCUUACAUUGCAUUUACGGAUAAUAAUAUUAAGACAAGAGCAGAAGGAUUUCUUAGCAGCAUCACGAACUCGUUUGAAAUAGUUUUGCGACGAAAUGUAGAGGUCAAGAUCAUAAUGUUACCAGAUUCUUUUUGUCAGAAGCAGAUGGAUACAACCAUCAAAUCAGUAUGCUCAAAUAAAAUUGAAGGUAAUAUUGAUCUUGAUUCACGUCGGGAGCCAUCGAAGGUUUCAAGAGGAAGCUUUAAUGAGUCUGAAGAUCAUAUAACUGGAGCCUUUGAGUCUGCUGCUCAAAGUGGUAAACCGAGCAGUUCGAAAAUGAGCAAGUCAGAAAUUCCGGAGCAGAGAAUUGAGUCCAUUAUACGCGAGCAGAGAUUAGAAACUGCAUGGUUACAGGUUAUGGAGAAAGGCACUCCUGGAUCAUUGAAUCGUUUAAAACCCGAAAAGAAUCAAGUCCUGCCUCAGGAUGGCAUUGAUCAUCAAAAUGAAAUGGAAUCGUUGACUUCUGUAGAUUUUCCCUUGCAGCAUUGGAAAGAUGAGCUGAAUCAUGAGAUCAAAGCUUUGAAGAUUAAUGAGGCAACGGCACCCCAGCAGGACCACACUGUUAAGAGGAACGAUCAUUAUCCCAUCUCUCCAAGCUUGUUGCAUAACAGUAGCUUUGCAAGCAAUUUCAACGAACAUAAUAUUGGAUAUGAAUCAGGAUCAGGAGCAGGUGGCUGCAGUGGGUUCUUCUGUUGGAAUAACACCAGACCUCCCAGAAGUGGAAAGGUUAAACAAGGCCCCCCCAUCGGGGCACACAGAAGUGGACGUAUUUCGUGGUUUGGAGAGUGUGCAAAAUCAACAACAGGCAAUAGAUACAGAAGAUAAUAGAGAAGGGUAGAAAUUUCGAGAUUUUUAACUUAUAACGUGUUUAUUAUAAUUAUUUUCUGUAUUUAUUGGCUCAACUGAGCCAUUUUUUUCAGAAAUUAUAAAUAUGAGGCACAGUGGAGGAAAACUGAUGUUAGUUAUUACAGUUAUGGUCCUGCAUUUCUUCAGGUCCGGCCAAUUUAUGGGAUCAAUAUAAGUGGGGGACUUCAUUUUUC